CCUCAAUACAAAGGCGCCGACGCCUCAUACAAACCUUAACUGAAUUCCAUUUAGGCAUAGUUACACACCGCUCGCCACGCCUAGGUGCCUCGCCCGCCAAAAUCAACGACGACGGAACCCUUCGUCGCUUCAACCAAUAUGGCAUUUGAUAGCGGCGAUAAUACAACCCGUGGUCUGAACGCACUACCCCCAGAACUACUUUUGUCCAUCACAGAACUUCUAGGCCGCAACGACCUCCGCAACCUUCGUCUGGUAUCGCGCAAAGUUACCCCCGCAGCAACUACCGUCUUGUUUCGAACGAUUUCGAUAACGACAGAUCGCUUUGGGGUGCCAGAGCUACCGAUUCGCCAUGUGAAGCAUGAUCUUGAGUUGGCAAAACUGGUUCAACAACUUCGUUUCGAUACCGUAGAGUCUGGGCUGUGGCGACAUCCACCCAACGGGAUUGUUUUAACUCGUAACGCGGUCUUCCAGUCAGUCAGGAACACGAGCUCAUUCCUCAACUUUCCAAAUGUCAAGAAGCUCACUAUCUGUGCCUCCAAUGCCAGCAACGAGAGCGGGUAUCCUGACGUCUUUGUGCUUCCCUUCUUCCUGGCCACGUUGUUCUCUGAGCUCCGACAUCAGCAGCCCGAGAUUACCCUAGAGAGUCUCCAUAUCCACAAUCUAGUCCACGAUGUUUCUCGCUACUCUCUGUGGAAGGCAUCAAGCGCCCACAUGCUGAGAAACCUAAAGGAUCUCAGACUCCACCUUUGGUCACGACCGUCGCGGGAAUUCGAAACUCGUAAGACCAUGGCACUCCUUCCGAAGGUCUGGCUCCUCCCCUGUCGCAAUCAACUCCGCCACUUAUCGUUGAGCUGCAACGUUCACUUCGGGUACUUACCGAAGUUUGACCUUCGGGGAGUACAUUUUCCUUGUCUAAAGACGCUAGCACUUCGACGGUACAUUUUCUCUGACGAAUGGCAAUUGAAUUGGCUACUUUCACACUCAGACACACUUGCUGAGCUUUAUAUCGCCGAUAGUGGAAUUCUAUCCCUUACCAUUAGCAAUCUACUCCUGGACGAUGAGUUCUACCCUAAAUACAGCCUCUACGACGUACUGACGAGUUCUGAAACAACAUGCACCGUCUGGGACCUUUCGUGGGAAAAUUUGUUCGAAAAAAUAGAGAGCGUAAUGUCAUUGCAGCAUUUUGUCUUCGGUGAGGUGGUUGGGAACGCGGGCCCCUAUGAGGAGAGCUGGGAAACUCUCAUCCAGACGACAUGGGAAUCAGUGAGCUACUUGACGGUGACGGAUCAGCUCAUGGGCCGGUUCGACAAACAUUACCGCCCAUGGCCAAGAAAAGACAUUAAGGACCCGUUCCCGGACUGGGAGGGUCGUAGGAAAGAUGACCGGGAGGCUUUGAAGGAGUUGGUUGAGGAGGCUGAGGGGUGCCCAGUCGAAUGGGUAGAGGACCCGCUGCUGUAUCAGAAAGUGCUCAGGCGGGCUCGGACUUUGGAUUUGGCGCUCCCCUCUACUAGGGAUUCUAAAGAAACUGAUGGGUCAAGAGCUUGACCAUGGUUCGCGAGAAGAUACUACUACUUGGUCACGUGAGGCUUGGAGUAGAAAGCAUAGAACGCGUGUCAGUCUCGUGACACUGCGGAAGGUGCCCAUACCCCGUCCAAAAUGUUAGGCAGAACGUCUUGUAAAAUGCCAAAAUGCACCGGGGCACCUCAGACGGCGCCAAAUGAGGGUCUACAAAAUGAUUCAUCUUCGUCUCGAGCCCC